AUGUCAACUGUUCAAGGUAUCUCGCAAUUCAAUGACAAGUAUAAUUUUGUAACACAACAAUAUCACCAUGGAUAUGGUAUAAGUGAAACUAUAGCUAUUACAAUACUGAAAAACAGUACCAGUGGACUUCUGCUGAAUGGAGAAUCAAUGUCUUACUGGAACGCUACGAAAUCACCAGUCUCUCCACCAUUUGAUCAAUAUAUAACAUUUUUUGUUAAUGUCGCUUUCUUCAGUUACAAUCAGUUACGUCAAAGUGGUGGAGUAAAAUUUGGAGCCGUCUUUUAUGGACGCCUUGAUACUGAUACUGCAUAUGGGUAUCCUCUUAGUAUGUCGUUUGUGGACACAGAGUGUGAAACUCAUGAAGCAAGUUUCAGGACUACGCCCGCAUAUGACAGGACAUCCACAGUCAGCACACUUCCUGACAAAAAAGGUAUCUCACCAACUUAUGUCUCAUUUUUCUGA